GAUGAGCAUCGAAGCAGACAUUUUGCCAGGCGAGCGUAGAGUUGCGAAAGAAGUGUUGUUGUAAGAAGAGUAGAGUAGCAUUUUAUAAUUUUAAAGUGUCUCCAGCCAUGUUUUCCAUACGCGGGGCCCAUAUUUUGGUUUGCACGGAAGAAAGUGAUAAAACAUGGUUGAAAAUAAAAAUAAAUACCAACCGAGUCACAAUUGGCGCUCACCCGCUGAAUUACAUUCGUUUGCAUACGUCGAACGCCGAGCGGCUGCAUUGUAAAAUUUUUGCCGAUUCGGCUAACUCGGUGAUUAUCGAAAAUAAAUCUCUGCGAAACCCUAUUCAUGUGAACGGCGUCUGUGUCGAGAGUGCGGCGAAAUUAAAUGACAAAGAUAGAUUCGAGGUGGCGGGUUCCACAUUUUUGUGGAAUUUCAAUCCUGAGCACAUUAAAGUGGUGUCCAAGCCAACAAAGCAUCCUAACUGGCGUAGGAAAACGGUCACUAUGAAGCGCAUAAGAAGCACAGGAGACAUUACAAAGCAAAGUUUCAUCAAAGUACCACGAGCUGUUGGUUUAAUGCUGGAUGAAUUUCGGAAACGCCGAACAAUUCACAGGUAAGCUUUUUUUCUAUCUGCACGUAUGUAUGUUUGUUGUAGGGUAGUUUUCAGAACUGCUGUAGUCCCUGAUUAUCCCUACAUUUGCACUCACAUUUGCACGUUUUCGACUGUGAACAUCCAGAGACUCGACACCAAAUUAUCGCGGCGUUUUGCUUGAGCGAACGUUCGUUCCUGCUAUAUAGUAGAUUUCAUUGUAAAUUUGUAUGUUACCAUAUUUGGCUUCAGCAUCGUGUUAUCUCAUAUUUAUAAUAAAACCUUACUGUUC